AUGGAGCCAGAGCAACCUCCCCCAACAUUGACAAACCCACGGUUCACGCUCGAGCUCGAAUUUGUUUCAUCACUCGCCAAUCCAUACUAUCUAUCGCACUUGGCCGUUACCUAUCCAAAUCUCUUGGGAAUCUCGCGUGACGAUGACAGCGAGUCUUCGUCACCAGACGCCCAGGCAUUCGCAGCCUACCUAGCCUACCUCUACUCUUACUGGAAGACGCCCGAGUAUUCCCAGUUCCUCACUCACCCCGGCCCCACGCUCCGAGCGCUUCGAUUGCUUCAGGAAGAGACCUUCCGUCGCGAUAUUAUCUUGCCGCAGGUCAUCGAGGGUCUGGUAGGGGUCAAUAUGCCUGAAGCUCCAGCCGAGGCCGACACAGCAGUCGCAGAAAACCAACCGGACGGUCAAAAUGGAAAGACAUGA